UUUAAGCACCAAACGUUUGGGAGUUGGGAGUUGGGACUCAUUUGUAGUGAAGGAGGGGACACUCCAUCAGAAAGAGAUAUCUCCACUCGGGCACUUCACGCAAACUCCUGGGUUUGUAUCUUUUCUCCGUCCCUAUUUUCUGGGUCCUCAUUAGAUCUGAAAUUUUGAUUCUUUGCAAGCACUCGAUUCACUCCGAAUCUCUUAGCUUUAAUGCUCUGAAUAUUAGAGAGAGCUUAUUGCUAAGAUUCUAUAUGAAAAGAGAGAGCUUUUGAUUGUUGUGAAAUAUGAGCCUAAUGGGGUCACGUAAACGAGCAAGCUCUGGUUCUUCGUCCUCUCAGCGUAGUAUUGGCUCUGCCAUCUCAGGGAUCCGCAAGAUGCAUCAAGAGGAAGUAGAUAACUUGACGCUAACUGCACAACCAUUCAGAACAUUGAAGUAUUUUAUUUUGUAUGUACUUCAAUAUGUUAAGAGUUCAAUGUCAUACCUGUUGGCUAGACGUGGCUGGCUCAUGCUGUUGAGUGCUGUGGUAACAUCUCUUGGAUUUCUUCUAAUGACCAUUGACGGCCCCCAUGAAAAGCAUUUCGAGGAGCUUUUCAAAUAUUUUCAAUUUGGGCUAUGGUGGGUGGCCCUUGGAGUUGCAUCUUCGAUUGGUCUUGGAUCGGGUUUGCACACCUUUGUCCUAUAUCUGGGUCCUCAUGUUGCAUUCUUUACUAUAAAAGCUAUGCAAUGUGGCAGAGUUGAUUUGAAAAGUGCUCCUUAUGAUACAAUACAGCUAUAUAGUGGUCCUUCGUGGCUUGAAAAAAACUGUUCUGAGUUUGGUGCUCCGUUGUUUUCUUCAUCGCAUGGUUUGCGGGUUCCAUUAAGCAGCAUCCUACCACAGGUCCAGUUAGAGGCUGUUUUGUGGGGUAUUGGGACUGCUAUUGGAGAACUUCCUCCCUAUUUCAUCUCAAGAGCAGCAAGCUUAGCUGGUAACAAGACCGAUGCAAUGAAAGAAUUAGAUACAUCCCCAGAUGAAGUAAAAGGGUACAUAGCUACUCGCCUAUUCCAAAUCAAAUGCUGGUUUCUAUCACACUCGCAGCAACUGAACUUCUUUACAAUCUUAGUACUUGCUUCGGUGCCAAAUCCUCUUUUUGACCUGGCUGGCAUUAUGUGUGGACAAUUUGGGAUUCCAUUUUGGAAAUUCUUUCUGGCAACAGUGAUUGGAAAGGCUAUUAUUAAAACCCACCUGCAGACAGUUGUCAUUAUCUCAGUUUGCAACAAUCAACUUCUAAAUUGGAUAGAGAAUGAAUUGAUUUGGGUAUUCAGUUUCAUACCCGGUUUUGCUGCUGUCCUGCCCAACCUUAUUGCUAAAAUUGAUGGAGCAAAAGAAAAGUAUUUGACAGCUUCUUACUCCGGAUCUCCACAUAUCAAGGUGAAAACAUGGGAUUUCUCAUUUGCAUCAAUCUGGAACACUUUGGUAUGGCUCAUGCUAUUGAACUUCUUUGUCAAGAUUGUUACUUCAAUGGCCCAGAGUUAUCGGAGGAAAGAGCAGGAAAAUGAGCUUGAGUUUCUGACAAGUUAGUAGUUAUAGAAUAUCUGAUUCUCUUGAUGUUUGUCGUUGUCCCAUAAAAUGAUGAUGCUGCUCCAGUUUGCUUUUGUACUUUUAUCUUACAAGCAGUAAUCCAAUCUCUAGAGACAACUUUUAAGGCAUGAUUGAUAUUUGCCCCAAAAUGCUCUAGGCAUCAAAGUCCUUGUAUAUGAUCACGAUUACAAUGGAGAACAGUAUAAGUUACAGGUUUCUGUAAUUAGGGAGCAUUAUUUUAGGUUGGUUUUUUUCUGUCAACUAAUGUUGAAAAAUCUUGAAAAUUUGAAACCUUACUACUAUUUGCAAUGGACUGCAGAUCAAAGCAAGCCAAUAUUUACAUCUUGGA